AUGGUAUUUGAAAAUGUGAAAAAAUUCAGAGAAGCUUUGAGCAAGUAUGCAAUUGAGAGAGGUUGUCAACUGGAUAAGAUCUACAAUGAUCAAAGAAGGGUCAGAGUAAAAUGCAAAGCUAAUGGCUGUCCUUGGAUACUUUAUGCAAGCAAAGAUUUCAAAUCUUCUGAUUUCAUUAUAAAAACCUACAAUCCUAGACAUAAGUGUUAUAGGACCAAUAUCAACACAAUGUGCAACUCUAAGUUUUUGGCUAAGUACUAUAAAAGUAGAAUUGUUUCUCAACCUUGCAUAAAGGGAUGGAAAAUACAAGAUUUGGUCAGGACAGACAUGAAAUUGUAUGUUGGUAAGUUUGUGUGUUUGAAGGCCAGAAAAAUGGUGUUAAAAAAGAUAGUGGGUGAUCAUGUUGUUGAGUUUAGUCGAAUCUAUGACUACAAAGAUAUGCUUCUUGAAUCAAAUUCAGGAAGCACUUGUGUGGUGAAAGUGACAAAUUGUGAUGAUGGAAAAAAAUUCUUUCAUUCCUUUUAUAUUUGUUUUUCAGCUUUGAAAAAAGGAUUCAUUGAGGGUUGUAGAAAGUGCAUUGGGUUAGAUGGUUGCUUUUUGAAGGGAAUAUCUAAAGGCCAGCUACUUGUUGCUAUUGCAAAGGAUGGGAAUAAUCAGAUGUUCCCAAUAGCAUGGGCUAUUGUUGAAACUGAAAGUAGAGAAACUUGGACUUGGUUUUUGAGAAUCUUGAAAUCUGAUUUGGACAUUAAUGAUGAAGGAGAAGGAUUGACUAUCAUAAGUGAUAUGCAAAAGGUACGAUUUUUAGCCUCUGGUUUCAGCUUUUUUAGCCAAUAUUAG